GGUCUGUUGGGGUACAAUUCAAUGCUGAAGUUGAAGAGACGGUAGAUUUCUCUGGACGAUUAUUAACCAACCAGUAUAUGUUCUUUCACCGACUUCUGUGAGAGAUCUUCAUCAAAGAUGCUGUUUUCAUAGAUCCCACCAGGAAAACUUAAAACUUGAAACGCCAACACCACUGCAUCUGGUCUGAACGGUUUUCAACGAAAAGAAUUCAAAGUUAGGUCAGUGCUGGGGAAAGAACAGAAACAUUGGGACAUCUCUUAACCAAGAGAGCGUGCUAGGCUUGGUCAGUCUUGAAAAUGUCAUCGACCACCGAUAUCAUCUUCAAAAUCGUCUUCUCUUUGAUGCUCACCAUUAAUUUACUUGGCAACUCACUUGUAAUCCAUGUGGUUCGACGAAAUCGUAGGAUGCAUACUCCAAUGAAUUACUUAUUGGCUAAUCUCGCUCUAGCCGAUCUCUUGUUUGCAGUGUUCUUUAUUCCACGAAGACUGUUUAUUACUGAAUUUAAACAGCCAGGGGGAUGGCUUGGAGAUAUUUUAUGUAAAACCUUCACACAUGCCAACCUAUCGUGGGUGGCAUCAGUCGCAGCGGUGAUCACAUUGCUAUUUAUAGCAUGGGAACGAUAUGUCGCUAUAAUUCAUCCACACAACCCCCGAGGACGCAUGACGAAAGGAAAGCUGAGGAAGUUAAUCAUCAUUUCAUGGGUUGCGUCCGUUAUCUUUCUUCUACCGGAAACGUGGGUAUUACAUUACGAUGAACAAAUCCAAUCCUGUGCAUGGGACUUUCCUGACUGGCUAGGAAGAGCAGACUCAGCCAUGUGGCUGUUUGCUAUCGGCUUAUUUCCGCUAGGAACUAUGGGAAUCCUAUAUGGGCGCGUGGUACGCCGAUUAUGGUUCACUGCUGACCACUCCACAAGCACAGCUCAGCGCACGAUGGUUAAAUCGAGAAAAAGAGUUACCAAGGCUGUGUUAGUAGUAACUGUUGUCCUGGGAAUAUCUUGGCUGCCCAAUUUGAUCUACUACUUUCUUGAGAUGUUUCUACUAAUAAAUGACACAGCAACAAUUGAGACCAGUGUGAACUCCUCUGAGAAGGUGUUUCGUGUUGUUUCUUAUGUGUUCAUAUCAAUAAAUUCUACCGUUAAUCCUGCUAUAUAUGCUACUCAAGACACAACGUUUCGCCGUUAUAUGUGGAGGACAUUAACAAACUGCUUUGGAUCUCGGAACCGGAAAGUGUCUGGAGAUCUCCAACAGUCACGUGUCACAGUUUCAGGGGAAGCAUUUGCUUUGAGGGGAGCUGGAAUCGAAUGCAAACUUGAAAAUGCUGAAGGAAACGACUUAGAGUACUGCCAAGAAUCACAGCAGUGAAUGUAGGACGACAUGGUUAAUUUUUAACAAAGAAAAAAA